CUGUCAUUGGUUAAGUCCCCUUUAAGACGGGUUGGGCGGAGGCUGUGAAACUACGAGAGAAGCGAAACAGUGCGAAUAAAAGCCGACAAACGCCCUGUUGAAAGCAGGGAGAUUAUCCAAGUGAUGUUAACGGCACACUGAUGCACCAACAAGGCUGACCAGCGGCGUUUAGCUUGGAGGUGGGCUGGAAUGCGGUGGUCCAGGAUGCAAGAGUGAAAGAUGUUUCGCAAGGUGAAAAAGCGCCACAGCAGCAGUAGCUCUCAAAGCAGUGAGAUCAGCACCAAAAGUAAGUCUGUAGACUCCAGUUUGGGAGGACUAUCCAGGUCCAGCACAGUCGCCAGCCUCGACACAGACUCUACCAAGAGCUCGGGAAACAACUCAUCCGAAACGUGCGCAGAGUUCCGGGUGAAGUAUGUGGGCGCCAUUGAGAAGUUGCAGUUUGACAUGAGCAAGAUGCUCCAGGAACCUCUUGACCUCAUUAACUACAUUGAUGCGGCACAGCAAGAUGGAAAGCUGCCAUUUGUACCAGGAGACAAGGAAAUGAUCCUGUUUGUGUCGAAACACGGAGUCAAAGUGGCCUCGUUGGACCAAUGUGAUGUGUUGCACCGCCACCCGCUCUACCUGAUCGUGCGCAUGCUGUGCUACGACGACGGCCUCGGCGCGGGGAAGAACCUCCUGGCCCUCAAAACCACCGACCCCGAACAGGAAGGGUGCACCAUCUGGGUUUACCAGUGCAGCAGCUCUGAGCAGGCUCAGUCCAUCUGCAAGGUACUCUCAGCUUCCUUUGACUGCGUACUCGCAUCAGACAAGUUGUGAGGAUGGCGUGCGAAAAGUAAAACCAACAAAGGGAGACAACAAUGACUGACAAAUUCAACUUUUUCUCUAAAUCAAGUUUGUUUCACUUACUACCUAGAUGCCAUAUCAUUCUCAAUAUCGGCACCAACCAACCACCACACAAACAAUCCAAUUUAAACUUUAAAUUCAAAAUGAAAGAUGCAAAGUGAAAUGGUUGCAUCCAUUUGAAUUUAUUUCAGGUAUUCUAGUUAAAUGGUACAACAGAGUCCUGGAUAUUGCAAUAGUUCGGUGCAACUAUUUGGGUACGAUUCUUUGCAAUGUAGCCGCUUGUCCUUAAGUUUUAAGACUUGGAUUUAUUAAUCGUAUGUUUUUCACAAUUGUGAUAGAUAAUAUCAGAAAGCAAAUUGCGGUACAUCUUUUAUUUCACGUUACUGUCACUUUCAUCCAUUUGUUAAAAAUGUUUGUUACAUUAAAUGACUGAAACUUUUUCAA